AUGGGUGCAGCAGCUGGUUACUACUUUCUGUUUAUCUCAGUAAUCGGAGUAUUUUACAUGUUCGGCAUGGGGUAUUUUUUAAGCAAAGAUUAUGAAUAUAUCCCUGUUGAAGACAAGGUCGAAAAUGCACAUGUCUGUUAUUGGGCAGGGACUAUCUAUUUAAUUGGAGCGAUAUCUUGUAUAAUUUACAUAAAGAAAUUCGCAUCUAGAGACACUAGCUUUGAUUAUCAAACUGAUUUGCAAGGGAGAAGUCGUGGGAAAAUCGGUCCUUAUAUGCGCUAA